AUGCUAUCGCAGCCCUUAGCUCCCCUGGGCAGUCCCACGCCACGUCUACAAGAACGGCUGCAUUUGUCGCCUGUGACACCACACUCCAGGCACGUCAGAAAUCGCUCGCACCCGGUGAGCCCUGCGCCCUCGCCACCGCCACCGUUGGAACUGCAAAAGGGGGAGCGGACCUCUCCUCGACCGUACCUUAGCCCGCAGUUGCGGGAGGCCGAGCACUCCAUCGACUACCUUUGCCACAAGUUCGAGGCUUUGUCACGCCAGCUCAGCCGAGAGGAACAGGCUCGUGAAGCUGCAGAAAAGCGUGGGCGACAGCUCGCUGCUGAGUCUCUUGAGGCCCAGAAGUACAAGGAAGAGAGCACUGAUGCUUUGAUCUCCGAGCUGACAUCCCGUCAGGCAGCAAUUGCCAGUCUCCGAGAGAAGGCGGGGCUGGCGGCGCAGCACGCAGCCCAGCAGGCCUACUCCUUGCGGGAGGAGCAAGCGGCCGGCGCUGCCGCGGAACAGCGCUGCGCGAGCCUCCACGAGGAGUGCCGCCAGAUAUCCGAGCGCUACGACCAAGCGGUACAGAGGCUAGCCCUGGAGGACCGGGAGAUCGCCCGGGCACGCUUCGAGGCGCAGAGCUCGAACCGGCGCCUGCGUCAAACGGAGGCCGACAUGCAGGUUGUCCGGGAGGAUCUGCGAAUUGAGGCGCAGCGACAGCUGUUGGCACAGCAGGAGCUGCACCGGUUGGAGCAAUUGGUGGAGGCCACUAUGCAAGAGUUCUGGAUGGUGGAGCAGGAAGUUGAACGCCAACAACAGGUCCUGGGUCAAAGGCACCAGGGGAUCAAGGAGGAGGAGGCCGAGCUUCUGGCUCUCAAGGAUUCUGUCAGGGAAGUGCAAGCGGAAAUGCUUCGUUUCACGCGACAGCUGGCGCAUGUGGAUGAUGAGUGCGGGCAGCUCGAAUGCCAGCUCAACGACGUGCGACAGGCCCUCCUCGCAGCCGGCGAGGAGGUCACCGCCCGCAGGUCCGACCUGAAGGCCCUCUGGUGA